CGCGAGUAAUCUUAGGAAGUGAAAUGUUUUGAUUAUAAAGCGUGGUGCGUUUGUUUAAUUAGCGUGAAAUAUAAUGGGGAUUUACUUAAUUUGUUGUGGUUGUUAAUUUCAAGUGUAGUGAUGACAAUGAGGGUGGUGUCGUUGGUUUGUUUGGUAGGGUCCUUGAUAGUAGAAACUCAUGCCAACAAAGAUGUGAAGGAGAGUACGGAGUUGUCGCGCGCUUUGGACGACCGGCCUCUCUUGUUUGCCACAUUAGGAGGCGGUAUGGUAGCAUUGGAUCCUCUUACUGGGAAUAUUAUUUGGAAACUCAAAGAUGAACCAGUAGUAAAAGUUCCAAACCAGCACGGUAAUCUGAUGCCUCAGUUUCUCCCGGAUCCCCGGCAUGGGUUUCUCUACAUGUAUGGGCCAAGAGGAGAUCAACAAAUGCUGAAGAAGCUGCCCUUUACCAUCCCGGAACUGGUCGCUAAUGCGCCUUGUCGCUCUACUGAUGGCAUUUUGUACACAGGGAAGAAAAGUGAUACGUGGUUUAAGCUUGACCCUUUAACUGGAACCAGGGAGCACGUAUCUGGCUUUGACAAAUCAACAAUAUUUAAUAAUGGAGAGGACACGUGUGCGCCAGACAAAAAACGUGGCAUAUACGUCGCUAGGACUGAGUACAAUAUUCUGAUGCAUGAUUCGAAGAACGAGAAUUCAAAAUGGAACGUUACCUUCUUUGACUAUACGUCUCAUGCUAUGGGGAAGGAAAUGUUAAAUGAUUAUGGUAUAAUCCACUUCACAUCGACAUCGAGCGGCCGAGUGAUGUCUUUCGACAGAAAAACCGGAGAUCUUGUCUGGUCACACAACCUGGAGACUCCAGUCGUAGCUGCUUAUCUCCUCGACAGAGAUGGCCUCAUAUCAGUGCCUUUUAAUUCCAUCGGAGAUGAUACACUUGAUCAUAUCAUGGAAGACGCUUCGACGCUUAGAAACGGCCAGGGCAUUAAGAACUCUAAUAUUGAGUUGUACCCCACAUUAUACGUAGGAGAACAUAACCAUGGGUUAUACGCAUUAUCUUCACUGGUAGAUAAAAAUACGAUAACAAUCUCAACAGGUCACACACAACCGUUGCUUAUAGAAGGGCCUGCAACUGAAAACUCAGAGAGUGAAAAGAAAUACGAGCCAUUCAAAAAUAUACAUUAUAAAUUGCAGGAUUUGAAUUUACACGUUUCCGCGCCGUAUUUGUUACUGGGACAUUAUAAAGUGCCAGAAUUAACAACGGCAUGGAUGCCUCAAAUUCCGAACAAUAAUUUCUUAAAAGUGAAAGAGCAGAGCAACCCUAUCAAACUUAUUAACGGACAAGUUCAAGCACAGUCAGAGAAUGACGUAGAAAACGAAACAAAUUUAAAGUCUAACUCCAUAUCGGUCUCGGUGCAAACGGAACAGUACUUCGAAUUCAGUUUUAGACCUGACCUGUGGUACAAAAAGGCCUAUAUUUGGUUGCAUCAACAAGAGAAUAAAGCCUUGAAAGUGGCUUUAAUUAUUUUAUGCGGAUUGGUCGUCACUAUGUUUUGGUAUCUGCGAUAUCAGGCUCGCGAGUUCCAACAACUUUCGCAAGGCGGAUCCCGAGGGUCGAACAUGUCGAACAAAUCAACCAGUUCUACUGGGGAAAUUACGGGUCAGUUGGAGGAAGUUGGCGAAGGAGAAGUGCGUAUUGGCAGAAUCUCUUUUCACACCGACCAGGUGUUGGGGAAGGGAUGUGAGGGCACUUUUGUUUAUAGGGGAACAUUCGAUAAGCGAUCAGUAGCCGUGAAACGGUUACUGCCAGAAUGUUUUACAUUCGCUGACCGCGAGGUGGCGUUGCUGCGCGAAUCAGACGCGCAUGCUCAUGUCGUUCGGUAUUAUUGCACAGAGCGGGAUAGACAGUUCAGGUAUAUCGCUUUAGAAUUGUGCUCAGCAACAUUGCAAGAUUACGUCGAGAAGAAACUGAAUUUUGAGUGCAGGAUCGACGCUGUGGAAGUGUUACGUCAAGCCACGAUGGGGCUAUCGCAUUUACAUUCUAUGGAUAUAGUGCAUCGAGACAUAAAACCGCACAACGUCCUACUUUCGAUGCCGUCUGGCACGGGUGAGGUGCGGGCUAUGAUAUCCGAUUUUGGUCUAUCGAAAAAACUGAACAUCGGAAGAGUAAGCUUUUCUCGCCGGUCAGGUGUCACCGGAACGGAUGGCUGGAUUGCGCCAGAGAUGAUCAAUGGCGAAAGAACGACGACUUCAGUGGACAUAUUCUCGCUGGGCUGUGUGUUUUACUACGUGCUGUCUAAAGGUCAACAUCCAUUCGGCGACAUGCUACGGCGACAAGCGAACAUACUCACCGGCGAUUACAAUUUGGACUAUUUGGAAAAAGUACUACCCGAAGAAGAGGUGUUGGUAACAAAGAUACUAAUUCGCGCCAUGAUAUCUGCGCGACCGCACGCAAGACCACCCUGCGAGACUGUGCUCAAGUAUCCCAUGUUCUGGGGCAAGCAGUGCAUACUCAACUUUUUGCAGGACGUAAGCGAUCAAGUGGAGAGCAGUAACAUUCCAAUCACAGAGCACCCAAUAGAGUACGGUGCCCGUAAGGUAAUACGUGGCGAUUGGCGCGCGCACGUUUGUUCCGUAGUGGCGGGAGACUUGCGCACGCGCAGGACGUACCGCGGCGAGCGCAUGGCGCAUUUGCUGCGAGCUAUUAGGAACAAGAAACAUCACUACAGAGAACUAGAAUCCGAAGUACGCGAAACCCUCGGCAAGCUGCCCGACGGUUUCAUCACAUACUGGUUAAGGAGAUUCCCGCUCCUAUUACCACAUGUUUGGAUACAAAUGCAGCAAUAUCGGCACGAAGAUAUUCUUCAAGCUUAUUACCCACAUUCUUUUACCUUCCAUAGAGAUGACGUCAUAGAACUUGACAACCAAGGAUUCGAAGAAAUUUCCGAUGCCUUGUGUAACCCAGACAAAAAUGAACUGUUUGUCAAAAGUAAAGUUUACGUAGACGAAAAUGAAGAAAAACAAUAUAAGUACCACAGAAAUGGUUCACCGCGAAAGAGAAAUGACUGGAGGAGCGAAGGACCAGAUCAUAAAGUUAGACAAGAUGACGUCAGACUCAGAGACCGACAUUACAAAAAGAAAAAAAAGGAAGAUAUUCCUAUUUGGACUGUGCCGCCUCAGUAAGCACAAAACAUAAAGACGAUUAUUAUGUGAUUUUUAUCUAUUUAAUAAGACAUUUUUAUGAAUAAUAAGUGAGUGAAGUCAGUGUUUAGAUCUCUAAUUAGUGAUUAUUAGGUGUUUAUUAAACUUAUGCCAUCCAUUACGCGGAUUCCUGUCUAAAGGAUUAGUGCGGUUAUUAUUUCGACAUUACUUAUGUAAUUUCAAUGUUUUAUAGCAAAAGAGGGCCUGCAAUGUCCUUUGAAUGAUAAGGGACCAAUAUUUAAUUAACAAGUUAGCGCAGAUUUGUUAACUUAAUAAACAACAGAAGCUUAUAACGUUCUCAGUUAAAUUGUCAGUUAAUGUAGGUAUUAGGAGAUGAUUUUGCUAUGCUUGGGAGUAAGAUUAUUGUGACAAAUUAGGAUGAAAUGAAAUAAGGAUGAAGGUUUUUAAUUUACAAAAAUUAGUUCGAAAAUGACAUUUUUUAUUUUAGUUUAAAUAUAUCACUCGUAUAUAGAACAGAAUUAAUAUAUUGGUAUAAUUUUGCGUGUAUUUUAGAAAUUAUAAUUGAGCUAUCAAACUACGGUGUUUGAUGAGUUUAUGACUAUGUUAUUGUAAUUAGUAAGUGUUCUUAACAUUCCACUUAAAUAUGUUCUAAUAUUGUUCAAUUUUGGUUGGUGCUAUUGGUAAGGAAUGUGAAAUAAUAGAUUUAGAGAUUGUAAAAUCAUGGUUACAAUAAGACAAGUUUGGUAACUCUAUACAAACGUAGCAGCCAGGCUUAUAUGUGUGCACGCCCCGCCGUGUCCGGAUGCACACAUUCGCUUAAUAAUAUAAGGCGUGCGGAACGACUACGCGAGAUGACGCGAAUAUGUGUGCGCGCUGCUACAUUUGUAUGUUAAGUAUGGUCUUAUAAUACUAUUCUGCCUCUCAUAAACAACGCCUAAAGUUCUUUUUUCUUUCAAAAAUGUCAAUUAUGUUGAUUUAGCUUAACAAUAAAACAAACUAAAUUAGAUAAUUUUUAAAAAAAAAAACACCUA